UCUAUGAUUCUACUAACCUACAUGUACAUUUAAAUGAUGUAUUUUAAUUCCCUUUUUCUAACAGAUACGAAGAUGAAAUCAACAAGCGCACAACAGCAGAAAAUGACUUCGUUGUGCUCAAGAAGGAUGUUGACGCAUCCUACAUGAACAAGGUGGAGUUGGAGGCCAGGGUGGAUGGAAUGACUGAUGAGAUAAACUUCCUGAGGGCACUCUAUGAAAAUGAACUGCGUGAGCUGCAGAACCAGAUCUCAGAUACUUCUGUGGUGCUUCAGAUGGACAACAACCGAAACCUGGACUUGGACAGCAUCAUCGCUGAAGUCAAAGCUCAGUAUGAGGAGAUUGCCAAUAAGAGCAGGAUUGAGGCAGAAAGUUGGUAUCAAAGCAAGUAUGAAGCCCUGCAAGCCAGUGCUGGGAAGCAUGGCGAUGACCUGCGGAACACAAAGAAUGAGAUUGCUGAGAUUAACCGCACAAUCCUGAGAAUGCAGGCUGAGAUUGAGAAUGUGAAAAAUCAGGUGAGUAGCUGGAAAGAACUCUUUGUGGGGUUUUCCGUGAUACAACACACACACACACACAUUGACUUAAAUGAAUUAUGGGGAUGUUCCUGCAUAGGCCAAACAGGCUCUACUCCCCACAUCUCUUGUGACUUUGUGCUUCUAUAAUUGCCAACUUGG